AGGGGUGCUGUCUGCAAUGUACUCCUGACUUGCUGUAAGGAUAAUGUGUGUCGUCUCUGGGCAGAGACUUUGUUACCCAAUGACAGCCUGCUCUAUGGUGGAGGAUACAACAAUUGGAGUGAAGCAGCAAACUUCACAAAUAACUUCAAGAGAAAUACUUCAAGUAAAGAAAAAGUGCAAAAUGCUUUAGAGUUAAACCUGAGGCACUUUCGACGAGGGAGGAGGAGGUCAGGUGCUGUUGUAGCACAUACUGGAUAUGUUCCACAUCAGCAAGAUCCACAUGAAGUUCACAGGAACGUCCCUCCUCAUGCAAAUGCGCUUUGUCACUUCCAUAUUGCUGCCAGUAUCAAUCCAGCUACAGAUAUUCCUCUACUCCCUUCUAUCACAUCUCUGAGUCUUGGUGAAAAUGAAGAAAAAAGUGGACCUUUUGUUGUGCACUGGUUAAACAAUAAAGAACUUCAUUUUACUUUAUCCAUGGAAGUAUUUUUGCAACAACUUAAAAAGAGUUUUGAACAUCAUUCUCUGGAGACUAAUAGUGAGGAAUCUAAUCAAAUGGAUGGCAGAUCAGAAGGAGAAGUUUUUGAAAAUGGAGAUCAGCAAAAAGGAAACCAGGAAAAGAAGGAACUGGGUGAUGAGAAAACCACUCCAAGCCUUGUUCCUUUAUCUUCUGCUAUUAUUGAUCAUGAAAUUGAAGUACUGCUUUCUGAGUGGAGUAAAAAUGCUGACAUGCUAUUCAGUAUACAUCCUAUGGAUGGUUCUCUACUGGUCUGGCAUGUGGACUGGCUAGAUGAAUACCAGCCUGGCAUGUUUCGCCAGGUGCAGGUGUCAUUUGUCUCAAGAAUUCCUGUUGCAUUUCCAACGGGUGACGCAAACUCUCUUUGCAGAAGUAUAGUGAUGUAUGCUUGUACCAAAAAUGUUGACUUAGCUAUACAACAAGGCAAACAAAAGCCUCCUGGCCUUACACGAUCUUCAUCUAUGCUUAUCUCUUCUGGACACAGUAAAUCAACCAACAGUUUAAAACUAAGUAUCUUCACACCUAAUGUCAUGAUGAUUUCCAAACAUGCAGAUGGGUCAUUGAACCAGUGGCUAGUGAGUUUUGCUGAGGAAUCUGCUUUUUCAACUGUACUCAGUAUUUCACAUAAAUCCCGAUAUUGUGGUCACCGUUUUCAUCUUAAUGACUUGGCUUGCCACUCAGUAUUACCACUGCUGCUUACAACCUCACAUCACAAUGCUCUAAUUUCACCAGAUGUUGAGAAUGCAAAACAGUCAAAUGAUUCUUUGAAGUCUCAGGAGUCUCCAAUAAGACUUCAGAGUAGAGGCAAUACAAAUGUAACAUCCCAGGAUCCCAAUGCAGUUUACAGUGAACUUAUUCUUUGGAGAGUUGACCCUGUUGGGCCUUUGUCGUUUUCUGGUGGAGUUUCUGAAAUUGCUCGGAUCAAUUCUCUCCAUAUUUCGGCUUUUUCUAAUGUUGCAUGGCUGCCCACACUUAUACCCAGCUACUGCCUUGGUGCAUACUGCAAUUCUCCAAGUGCCUGCUUUGUGGCUAGUGAUGGACAGCAUUUGAGAUUAUAUCAAGCUGUAAUAGAUGCUAAGAAACUUCUGUGUGAGCUCUCCAACCCAGAAAUUUCUAAAUAUGUUGGUGAAGUUUUUAACAUCAUAAGUCAGCAAUCUACAGCUCGCCCGGGAUGUAUCAUUGAACUGGAUGCUAUCACAGAGCUUCAUGGCAGGAAAACACAGUUAUUUCAUGUUUUUCAAGAGGACUUCAUUUUAAAUAACCAGAAUGAAAUAACCAAAAAGAACAGUUUGUCAGACUCUGGAAACCAGCAGAGCGGAUUCUCUGAAAAGUUCUACUUAAUAGUAGUAGAAUAUACUCAAAAUCAUUCUUUGCUACAUAUGUGGCAUUUACAUUUGAAGUCAAUUCCUGUUUCAGUAGAUGAAAAGGUAGAUUCAAAUACACCUGAAGCAACAGCACAAGCAGAAGAGUUGUAUUCUUCACCAGAUCCAGAGAAGGUCCAAUCACCUUUCACUCAAAAGUAUCAGGCCUGUAGAGCAAACCUUCAGAGCACCAGCUGGCUGACUCUGUCUUCCAAAAUGGUGUAUAGUCAAGAGCUGAAUUUGCCAGAAGGAGUAGAGAUACUAAGUGUAAAGCCAUCAGCAGGACAUCUGAGUUCUUCUUCCAUAUAUCCUGUUUGUCGUGCACCAUAUCUGCUGGCUACUUCAUGCUCUGAUGGAAAAGUUCGAUUCUGGAGAUGCAGAGUUACCACUGAAUCGUCAGCUUCUUCCAUGCCAGAAUAUAGCACGCAUAAUGAUGUUACAUAUGUAUGGGAAGAAUGGCCAUUACUGAUUGAGGAUGGACUUCUUAGUAGUAGUGCUAUUAAUGUUCCAGGAAGGCCAACUGAAGUUAGCUGUGCACACACGAACAGAUUAGCAGUAGCAUACAAACAGGUAACAUCUAAAACCAGUUAUCUUUCUCAAGAUUUUAUAAUGCAUGUUAGUAUUUUUGAAUGUGAAUCUACAGGGGGUUCUUCUUGGAUUCUAGAACAGACUCUUGAUUUAGAUGAGAUAGGCACCGUGUUAGGCUCUGGGGUUAGUAUUGAUAGUACUUUAGUGGAGUAUAACAGACAAGACAUUUCUCUCUCUCAUGGUGGCAAUAGUAUGCCCAGCGCUAAGCACUUGGUACACUUAGAUUGGAUGUCUAGGGAAGAUGGUUCCCAUAUUCUAACAGUGGGAAUAGGAUCGAAACUUUAUAUGUUUGGUCAGCUGUCUGGGAAAAUGCAAGAGCAAAACGGUAAGGAGAUUGCUACAAUCUCCCACAGUAGCAGUACAAAGGCUACAGCCCUUUCUAGGUUUGUUCUGCUGCGUUGUGUCGACUUAGUUUCAUCUGUGGAGGGAUCACCUCCUUUUCCAGUCUCGUUGUCUUGGGUGCGUGAUGGCAUUCUUGUUGUUGGAAUGGACUGUGAAAUGCAUGUUUAUUCCCAGUGGCAAUCUCCUUCCAAGCAGGGACUAGUUAGUACAGAUUCCUACAGUGGAAGUACGCCAUGUAUAACUAGCUUAAUGAAACAAAGUCAGUCAGCUGCUUCUGGUCUGCAUCCACCAAAGCGAGCCUUGACUAGAUCUAUGACCAGCCUUGCACAGAAACUUAGUGGAAAAAAGUCUGCCUCUGAUCUGUCUAUGGAAAUGGAAGAUUCUGGACUUUUUGAAGCAGCUCAUACAUUAUCUCCCACUUUACCUCAGUACCAUCCUUAUCAACUGUUGGAACUCAUGGAUCUUGGUAAAGUACGUAGAGCUAAAGCUAUUCUGUCCCAUCUGGUGAAGUGCAUUGCUGGAGAGGUGGUUGCUGUAAAUGAAUCUGAAUCCAAUCUUGAUAAGAGGCUCAGAUCUCUGACCAUCAGUGCUAGUGGAAGUACUGCAAGAGAUCCCAAAACGUUCAGCAGAGCUGAGACUACAGACUAUAUUGAAAUAGACUCUGUUCCACCAUUGCCUUUGUAUGCUCUGCUUGCUGCAGAUGAUGAUUCAUGUCAUUCCUGUUUAGAGAAGUCUAAUAAUCAAACCAACCAUAAUAUAAGGGAUAUGACGACUGACAGUUACGAAGAUCUCUUUCAAAACACUGUUACAAGUACAGAUGAACUGAUGCUUGAUGUGGAUGAAGACAGUUCAAAACCAAAAGUCAUCGAUCUUUCUCAGUAUAGCCCAACUUACUUUGGACCAGAGCAUGCCCAAGUUCUUUCUCGUCACUUGCUUCAUUCAAGCUUGCCAGGUCUGACUAGGAUGGAGCAAAUGUCAUUGAUGGCCUUGGCAGACACAAUUGCUACUACCAGCACUGACAUUGGAGAAAGCAGAGACAGAAGUCAGGGUGGAGAAACUCUUGAUGAGUGUGGUUUAAAAUUUUUACUGGCUGUUCGGCUGCACACGUUUUUAACAACUUCACUUCCUCCUAUACACCGAGCUCAACUCCUUCACCAAGGCUUAUCUACUAGUCAUUUUGCUUGGGCAUUUCAUUCAGUAGCAGAAGAAGAACUACUGAGCAUGCUCCCUGCAGUGCAGAAAGGAGAUCCAACUUGGUCAGAACUCAGAGCUAUGGGCGUAGGAUGGUGGGUUCGAAAUAUCCAUAGCCUGCGAAAAUGCAUAGAAAAGGUGGCUAAAGCAGCCUUUCAGCGUAACAAUGAUCCACUUGAUGCGGCCAUUUUUUACCUUGCAAUGAAAAAGAAGGCUGUGAUCUGGGGAUUAUACAGGUCUCAAAAAGACACUAAAAUGACACAGUUUUUUGGAAACAACUUUGCUGAGGACAGAUGGCGUAAAGCAGCUUUAAAGAAUGCUUUUUCUUUGCUUGGCAAACAGCGCUUUGAACAUUCUGUGGCUUUUUUCUUGUUGGCAGGACACUUGAAAGAUGCAGUGGAGGUAUGCCUUGAAAAACUGAAUGACAUUCAGCUGGCUCUUGUAAUAUCAAGACUUUAUGAGUCAGAGUUUGAAGUGUCUAGUACGUAUAAAUCUGUACUACAGAAGAGAGUUUUGGGAAGUAUGUUUCCUGGAAAGGAGAGCUCAGGAAACAUACACUGUGACCCUUUUCUGCGGAGCAUGGCUUACUGGAUUUUGGAAGAUUAUAGCAAGGCUCUUGACACUUUGAUUAAACAUUCUGUUGAGGAUGAAGGAGAUGAAGGAGGUGGCCCGUCAAGUUGUAACCCUGCUGUGUUUAACUUCUAUAACUACUUAAGAACACACCCCCUCUUAUUGAGACGUCAUUUUGGCUCUUCUGAUAAGUCUUCUGCACAUGUUUGUCUAACAGUAGAAAGUGGAUUAGCUGACAAAAUCAACCUAGGUGAAAGACAACUGUUUUUCACCACUGCAUAUGCACAUCUAAAAGCUGGUUGUCCAAUGUUGGCCUUAGAAGUGUUAUCAAAGAUGCCCAAAGUUGUCAUGAGAUCAAAGUCGUUCUGUAGAUCUCCUAGUUUAGGGGAUACUACUAAAGAUUUCUCACCAUCUUCUCCAGUUAAAGACUUGGAAGCAAAAGACCGGUCUUCCAGUGUUGAUUGGUCACAGCCAGUAUUGAAUGGUCUAGGUUCAUCUUCAGAUUGUUCAUCAGAACAACAUUCAAGUUCAACUCUUUCCUUUGACUGGAGCCAGCCAAGUGUGGUAUUCCAGGAUGAACCUUUGAAACUACAGUCAGACAGUGAUGAAAGUGAUGAGAGUGAAGAUUCUUCCCUGGUAAUGAAAGACAUAAAACCCCUGAAGAAAACUGAAAAAUUAUAUGAAACGAGUUCUAGCUACACAGAAUCUUUUAGUGUAGUUGAUGACAAUGAUAUUCUAAGUCCAUCUGAAGAUACAAUUUCAGCACAGCUGAAGUUUAGAGCAUGCCUGAAAAUUCUUACUGUAGAGCUUCGUACACUGUCCACUGGUUAUGAGGUAGAUGGUGGGAAGUUGAGGUAUCAGCUUUAUCAAUGGCUUGAAAGAGAAGUGGUAGCUCUUCAAAAGACCUGUGAUUAUGGUGUCGAUGUAGAAGUACAUUCAGGAGUUAGUAGGAUACAAGAAGAAGCUACUUUACGUGAAAACACUGAAGACUUAGCUGACCAGCAAAAAAAUAAUCUACAGAAAGAAGACUUUCAGAAAAGACGCCAAUGGCUUCUGAAAUACCAAUCUCUUCUAAGAAUGUUCCUUAGUUACUGUAUACUUCAUGGCUCUCAUGGUGGAGGUUUGGCAUCUGUCAGAAUGGAAUUAAUUCUGCUGUUGCAGGAAUCUCAGCAGGAGCAGUCAAUACAGAUAGCUUCCAGCCCUCCGUCAGAGCAGAGCUCCAUACCUCUGCUAUUUGCUUGCACAGCUAGUGCCAAAACAGUGGUGGCUAAUCCCUUGCUACAUCUUGGUAACUUAACUCAUGAUAUAUUACAUGCCAUAAUAAACCUUGAUUCACCACCUCAUCCAGAUGCUCAGAACAGCAAGAUAUAUGUAAUGCAUACCCUAGCAGCGUCACUCUCUGCCUGCAUCUACCAGUGCCUUUGUGAUGGCCAUAGCUACAGCUCAUUUCAAGCAAAUCAAUUCACUGGAACAGUGUAUCAGACAGUGCUAUUAACUCAGCGCCAUUCUCUAAGAACAAGCUUAGAAGAAACAGUGACUCCCAAUACGUCACCUGCUCAAUGGCCAGGAAUAACAGCUCUAAUACGUCUCCUGAAUUCUGCUGGUGAGGAGGCCCAGCCAGGUCUCACAGUUUUACUUUGUGAAAUUCUAACUGCGGUGUAUCUGAGUCUAUUCAUCCAUGGCCUGGCAACACAUGCUAGCAAUGAGUUGUAUAGAAUUAUGGCUCAUCCACUUAACAACAAAAUGUGGUCUGCUGUCUUUGGAGGAGGAGCUCGUACACCCAGCAGAGGACAACUAGAAUUAAAGACAAAACCUGGUAGGCACUUCUCAAUGCCUAGCCCACAUCAGGUAGUAGUGUUCUCCAUGGAAUGCGUGGGGUUUUCCAAAUCCCUUACCACCUUCAGUACUCAUAGUCCUACCAAAUCUUCAGACGAUGGAGAGAAACAGCAAAAACGUUACAGGCUUUCAUCAAAAACCUCUCCAAAAGAGAGUUCUCAGUUACCUGCAUUGCCAUUGGUAGACCAAGAAUCUCCAUCUUACAGGGAAAGAUUUAUUCCUCCUGAGCUUAGCAUCUGGGAUUAUUUCAUUGCAAAGCCUUUUCUUCCAUCGCAAAAUAGAGUGGAAUAUGAUUCAGAAGAGAGUCAGGAAAGUGGAGAAGAUGAUGAAGAUACUGAGGGAGAUGUUUUUGCAUCAAAUUCUUGUAACCAAGAGCAUUCUAAUUCAAAUUCAUACAGUUGGUCACUGAUGAGAUUGGCAAUGGUUCAGCUGGUACUUCACAAUUUGAAGAUUUUCUACCCUUUGGCUGGACAUGAUCUUUCAGAGCUUCCAGUUAGCUCCCCGAUAUGCCAUGCAGUUUUGAAAACACUGCAACGCUGGGAACAAGUUCUUCUCCGACGCCUUGAGCUAUAUGGGGGUCCGCCUCAACAUUACAUGUCAGUUCCUCCUUCUGAAGAUGCCCUAGCUGCUGGUCCUGCAUUGCUUCGCCAUAAAACUUUACUUGAGCCUGCAAACACACCAUUCAGCUCUACGAGUCGUGUUGCACUGUCUGUGAAGAGGCUCUGGCAGUACUUGGUUAAACAGGAAGAAGUCCAGGAAACCUUCAUCAGAAAUAUUUUUACAAAGAAACGAUGCCUAAACGAGUCAUUAGAGGAGCACAAUGAAAACAUGAAAAAUUCUGUGGUGGAGCUGCCCAUCGUCAAUAAGAUAGAAAUGGAUUUGGGAUACCCAGGAAGCAAAGCACGAAUAAUUCAUAAAGAGUCUGACAUCAUUACUGCUUUUGCCGUCAAUAAGGCAAAUCGAAACUGCAUUGCAAUAGCUUCAAGUCAUGACAUUCAAGAGUUAGAUGUUUCUGCGAUCCUAGCUACACAAAUCUAUACCUGGGUUGAUGAUGAUGUGGAAAUAGAAAAUAAAGGGACUGAUGAUUUCUUAGUUAUUCAUGCUCGUGAUGAUCUGGUAAAUGUUCAGGGAACCACUCCUUAUACUCAUAGUAAUCCCGGCACACCUAUCAAUAUGCCUUGGCUUGGUAGUACGCAAACUGGCAGGGGUGCAUCUGUGAUGCUCAAGAAGGCUAUUAAUAAUGUUAGAAGAAUGGCUUCUCAUCCGACAUUGCCGUAUUACCUGACUGGUGCUCAAGACGGUAGUGUGAGAAUGUUUGAAUGGGGUCAUGCACAGCAAAUCAUGUGUUUUCGAUCUGGUGGCAACUCAAGAGUGACUCGAAUGAGAUUCAAUUACCAAGGAAAUAAGUUUGGAAUUGUUGAUGCUGAUGGAUAUAUAAGUUUAUAUCAAACAAAUUGGAAAUGUUGCCCACUUACUGGAACUUCGCCUAAACCAUACUUGACGUGGCAGUGUCAUAACAAAACAGCCAAUGACUUUGUUUUCAUCAGUUCAUCAUCUUUGAUAGCCACAGCAGGAUUGUCUUCCGACAACAGAAAUAUUUGUCUUUGGGAUACUUUGGUUUCACCUACAAAUAGCUUGGUGCAUGCUUUUAUCUGUCAUGAUAGUGGAGCAACUGUGCUAGCAUAUGCCCCAAAACAUCAGCUGUUAAUAUCUGGAGGCAGAAAAGGCUUUACAUGUAUAAUUGAUCUUCGCCAAAAACAACAGCAGCAGUUACUCCAGAGUCAUGAUUCUCCAGUCAAAGCAAUUGCUGUUGAUCCUACAGAAGAGUAUUUUGUCACGGGUUCUGCUGAAGGCAACAUAAAGGUAUGGAGUCUUUCCACAUUUGGUCUUCUUCAUACUUUCAUCAAUGAGCAUGCUCGACAGUCUCUCUUCAGAAACAUUGGGACAGGAGUCAUGCAAAUUGAGACAGGACCAGCAAAUCACAUAUUCUCCUGUGGUGCUGAUGGAACAGUAAAGAUGAGAAUCUUGCCUGAUAGAUUCAGCCCUUUAAAUGAUGUGUUAAAACAUGAUGUGAAAUUUAUGAUAUAAUAUUUUUCUUGGAACUGUGUAUAACAUUCCCCUUCUGCCAUCCCUGAAAAUAUUUUUCCUGGAACUAGCCAACAAAGCAAAUACACAAUGAUAGCUUGUGCCACAAAGAUGCUUUUGUUGUUGUUAUUUCCUCCCGAUAUUUAUUACCUGGAGCUUCUAGUCCUUCAGAUUUUGAUCAUUGCCUGAA